GAGCAGAGACAGGGAGCAGGAAAGCGUUCCUCUCGCACCACCGGACAACUCCGAUAGGAUUCUUUUCUCACACACACUCGCACACCCCUCCUCUUUCUGUCGUUCUCCUCCUCCUCUUCCCCUCCCUCGCUCGACCCAGGGGUUUUGUUCUCUAGGUCGGGGUAACUUCCCACCCCCCCACACGGUGCUCGUGCAUGAGCGUGAGCGUGCACGCGGGUUUGUUUUGACUCUCGCCUUUUCGCGUGGAUUCUUUACCCCGAGCUCUCGCCUCGGACCGACGUUCUCGAGUCCUCGGAGCAUGCGAGAGACCGGACGGAGGAGGAGGAGUGCACGCGUGCGAUGAAAGGAUGGCCGUGUAGAUCUGAGCCGCUUAUUUUCCACGCAGUGAUUUUUAGGACACGCGCGCGCUGAAAGUUUGCUCUCACGGUGUCUGCGUGCACACGGGGAUUGAGCCAUGCCCGCUGAAGUCAAGCAGGAGCAGAGUCCCAGCAACCAGACGUCUCUGGCCAUGAUGCAGGAGCCGCAGGAGUUGGUGGAGGAGACGGUCACUAUAGAGGAGGACCCCGGCACGCCCACUUCACACGUCUCGGUGGUGACGUCCGAGGAUGGAACCACACGCCGCACGGAGACCAAGGUGACCAAGAUGGUGAAGACGGUAACGACCCGGACUGUGCGUCAGGUCCCGCUGGGUCCAGAUGGUCUGCCGAUCGCCGAUGGCUCUUCGCCGCUGGGCAGCUACACAGACUCCAUCGACCGUCGCUUCAUGAAGAACGGCGAGCGCUUCGUUACACCUCAGGCCACAUCGACGCUCACGCGCUCCUACAACCACAGCAACUACGGCGACUCGUACUACAGCCCGCACGACGCCUACGGGGACGUCUGCGACAACUAUGGCAGCCUCUCCCGCGGCCUCAACUACCGCCCCUACCGGCCCUACGGCUACCGCAUGGAGAACAGCUACACCCUCCCCAUUCGCAGAGAUGACUACGGCCACAUGGCACAGCCGCAAGUCCCCGUGGGCAGCGGCAGCAGCACCAUGGACCUCAAUCGCUCGCAGCCGGAGCGCUUCCAGCCUGAGCCGUAUGGACUGGAGGACGACCGGCGCAGCCUCGGCCCUGACGACGAAGAGCCAUACGAGCUGGAGCCCGACUACUCCACUGCCAAUCGCCGCACACUGCCCAGUGCUGCACGUGCCAUGAGGGACCCGCUGCGCAAUGGUCCUCGUGUCAGAGGCUAUGAUGACCCCACGGAGUCUGAGCUAAUUGAUGAGCGGCACCGCUAUGCUCCUGGCAUGUACCCCGCCCCACUUGCGCAGCCCGAGCGGGGCAGCACGGCCAGCCUGGAUGGUGGCAUCGACGGUGGCAUUGCGCGUCAGGACCCUCGCUGCUGGCGCGACCCAGACCUCCCCGAGGUCAUCGCUAUGCUGGGCCACCCUCUGGAUCCGGUCAAGGCCAACGCCGCCGCCUACCUGCAGCACCUGUGCUACGAGAACGACGCAGUGAAGAAGGCCGUGCGACAGCUGAACGGCAUCCCGGCUCUGGCGGCCUUGCUCGAGCACCCCAAGGGCGAAGUGCAGCGCAAGGCAUGCGGGGCUCUGCGCAACCUCUCCUUCGGCAAGGACAAUGAAAACAAGGCGGCCAUCAGGAGCUGCGACGGCAUCCCCGCUCUCGUUCGCCUGCUCAGGAAAAGCGGCGACGCUGAGAUCCGUGAGCUUGUCACAGGAACGUUGUGGAAUUUGUCCUCGUACGAGCCGUUGAAGAUGGUGAUCAUAAACCACGCGCUGCAGACCAUGACCAACGAGGUGAUCAUCCCGCACUCGGGCUGGGAGGCCGAGCCCAAUGAGGACUCGAAGCCCCGGGACGCCCAGUGGACCACCGUCUUCAAGAACACAUCCGGAUGCCUGCGGAACGUGAGCUCGGAUGGAGCGGAGGCGCGCAGGAGGCUGCGGGAGUGCGACGGCCUGGUGGACGCCCUGCUCCACGCUCUGCUCUCAGCCGUAGGAAAGAAGGACAUGGACAACAAGUCUGUGGAGAACUGUGUGUGCAUCAUGAGGAACCUUUCCUACCACGUUCAUAAAGAAGUCCCGGGAGCAGAGAAGUACCAGGACCCGUCCUCGCUCCAGGCACCGGGCUCCACGGGGACGCACAGGAAGAAGAAGGACGACGCUGGCUGCUUCGGUGGCAAGAAGGCUAAAGAGGAAUGGUUUAAUCAAGGGAGGAGAAACGGAGACAGCGAGAAAAACUACGACACGAUGGACCUCCCGAAGCGCACAGAGCCCACUAAAGGGUUCGAGUUGCUCUACCAGCCCGAGGUGGUGCGUCUCUAUCUGUCCCUGCUGACUGAGAGUCAGAACUACAACACCCUGGAGGCGGCGGCAGGGGCGUUACAGAACCUCAGCGCUGGACAGUGGACCUGGUCCAACUACAUCCGGGCGACGGUGCGUAAGGAGAAAGGCCUGCCGAUCCUGGUGGAGCUGCUUCGCUCCGACUCGGAUAAGGUGGUGCGCGCCAUCGCCAUCGCCCUGCGCAACCUCUCCAUCGACCGGCGCAACAAAGACCUUAUAGGGAGCUACGCGAUGAGGGACUUGGUGAGUAACCUGCCGAGCGGUCAGCAGCGUCCAGCCAAGAACCUGGAGGAGGACACGGUGGUCGCCGUGCUCAACACCAUCCACGAGAUUGUGACGGACAGCUCGGAGAACGCUCGCUCGCUCAUCAUGGCUCAGGCCAUCGAUAAACUGGUGGCCAUCCACAGGACCAGCCAGUCAGCCAGAGAGACCAAGGCUGCUUCUCACAUCCUGCAGACGGUGUGGAGCUACAAAGAGCUGAGGAACACUCUGACCAAGGACGGCUGGAACAAAACCCAUUUUCAGCCCACAGCGACCGUGGCUCCGAAAGGCACAAAGAGCAGCAGGUCAGGAUACGACGACUCCACCCUCCCCCUGAUGGAGAAGAGCCAAGGCGACAGAGGCUGUGGCACUGGUGCUAUGAUACCUAUGGAUGAACUGGGUCCAGACGGUUAUUCAACUAUUGACCAAAGGGACAAAGACUGCAAAUAUAAAACCAGCGACGUCUCGUCGGAUCUGACGGAGCGGGAGCCUCUGAAGAAUGACUCGAAUAGGAAGCACUAUAUCCGGAGCAACAGGCCGACAGUGAGUCUUGUGGAUGCUUGCGAUGUCAAGCCUCAGCCUGUUGACUCCUGGGUGUAAAUGCAUGCAUGGCUUAGCCAGCGUCAGCGCUACAUCACAACCAGUCAAAGGAUCUCACAAGACACGAGUCACCACUGCCAUUUUCUCCACGAUUCGCCGACGUGGAUUCAUCAGCAAAGAGACACAAACCAAACAAAAACACACACAGCGCAAUCUUUCAUUUGGCGAAAUGAGAUGAAACGACAGACGGCAGCAACACACACACGCACACAACUGUACAUUUCUCCCACCCGUGCAUUCCCACAGCGCGGUGAGGAUCCAAGCAGCACGACACGAACUCCACGGAUGAAGGAAAGAUGACGGAUGAGUGCAGCGGGGAACAGGAAAGUGGUGAUGUGGACACGAAGGUGUACGGGAAAGAAACGGACUGAAAGGAAAAUGAAUAAAAAUAUUCAGUUUGUGGGUUUUUUUUUUUUUGUUACUCAUUUUCACUGGUUUCUUUUUUUUUAUAUUAUGAAUAUUGCUCUUUUUUUGGAAGUGAAGAUGGUGGAUGAAAGGAUGUGCUUUGAGGGGGAGAAAGAAACGAUUGGUGGUUGUGUAUUGGUUUGAAAUUUUAAGUCUAACGGAACCUAAAAAAAAAAAAAAACGUUGUCGUGACCUUCUGCUAAUUUUGCCCAUGAACCGAUUCCACCCUCCAGUUUUCACGCGGCGUUGGUGUCGCCUUUGUGCUCUAACUCACCCAGCUGAACGUACGCUAAGAGCGGCAUGUUUGCAUCAUUGCGUUCGCUAACAGGCUAGGUGGAAUUUGUUGUUAGCAGGAUUAGCAUGUAGCAUGUUGUUAGCACCUGCGAACGUACUUCGGGCUGGAUUAACACAAGUAAGAAAUGGAAACGGGCGGAUGGUGUGAAGGACGGAUUUCACGGUUGAUUUUGAGGGACAGAGUCAUGUUUUAAAACGUUUUAUAUUUUUGUUGCUCUUGUAAAUGUAUAUUCGGGGGGGAACAGAGCCAACACACACACUUUAUACAUUGCUAGACGUCUGUGAGUUUCGGAUCAGGAUGUAAGGCAUGAAGCGUCACCUUGUUUAGAAAAAAAAUUAUUUCUAAUUAAAGGUGUGUAUGAAAAGGCAGUGGAGGAGUGCUGGAAAAAAUGAAGGAUUCAUGCUUCGGGAUAAAUGUUAAAAAAAAAAGUAUAAUUUGGUGUGAAUGGGUGUGUAAGACGUGGGUUUUAAGAUUGAGCUCAUGAGCGCGACCCUGAGCCCUGACUCUCAGCUCUGUGAUUGGACUGGAUUGGAUUCUGCCUCACUCGAUGUAAAUGUCAGACAUUUCCAUGCUGGAGAGGGAAUACAGCGUGAUGGGUCACUCACAGGCAGGACGAGGUGUUUUUUUUUUUUUUUUUCUUUUUUGGCUCCAUUUUCUGGCGUGUCGAUUAUUCCGGAAAACCUGCCAGGAUGUGGUGAAGGUGUGAUCUGUAACAUCAGCUCGAAUCUCGCAGCAUGAGCCUGCUGUAUCCCUCCACGCUCCUCAUGUCGCACGCUUGCAGUGGGUUCGUUUCUUUUAGCUUUUAUCGCGUUCUAACCAAGACGUCUAACAGCAACAAGAAGUUGUCAGUAUGUCAGUAGCUUUGUGUAUUAACUAACUAUAUAUAUAUCUAUUUUUUUUUUUUUUUGAAAGAUGGACUGUACUCCAUAUCCCCCUCAUCCAGACUGCCUUUUUUUUGCAGUACGCAACCAAAGGACUUUGGGGUUGUAUAUUCUGAAGUUGGAUCUACGAGCGUGAAUAAGAAUUGUAUAUUUACAGAAAAGAGUGGAAAAGUGGAAUCAAGACCUACCUUUGUAGAUAACACACACACACACACACACACACACGGUAAAUGUACAACUCGGUAGCAAACGUGUUUGUAACUAUCAUAUGUGCCUUAACCCUUCUCUGUGUUAGAUCGAGAAUAACUGUGUUUUCUAUUAAGCUCUUUGUUGUUCCUCUUUCCGAAUCCCAUCCCUCCCCACCCUCCCUCCCUCUCUCUCUCUCGCUCACUCACUCACUCCAUGUCCUCAGUGUAGUCUAGACUGGUGGUGGGUUUUUGCCUUGUGUUUUACAUUGUACUCUAUAGACACACUAAACGGGCUCGAUGACGUAGAGGAGAACGUCGUUCACGCUUUCGUAGUGCUCGAUGCCACGAUGCUCCAAGAAUGUAUUCCGUUCAUUUUACUAAUCCCCUAACGGGAAGACGGCACUUGUUAGAAUCCAGCCGAGAUUUGUAGGGUAUCACUUUGGUGUGUUUUCAAUAAAUCAUGCCUGGAAAGAUUUCA